AAAAUCAGUGAGCUUUUGUUUUAAAAACAAAAUUUUAGUGCUCAAACAUUGCUUUAGGAACUUUUCGGCGGACUGGAAGUGCGUUCUUAGUCGCCGUUUAUCGUCUUUUAAAAAUAUUUUCAUUAAAUUAAAAUAUAGUAUAUUUCAAUUUGGAAAAAAUAUGUUUUACUUAAUAUAUAACUUGUUUUAAUUUUAAGUCUAUAUAUAAAUUUAUAUAAAAUGGUAUUUUUUACAAUCAACAAGAAAUACCUUAUUCUCAAAUUGAGUUUUUUCCUGUUUGACGGCGGUACUUCGCCAAUUAAUCCGUUUUUACCGCCAAUUGCCAGACAGCGAGGUGUCUCCGUGUUCAUAGUUGGAAUUAUUUUCACUUGUCUGCCUAUUCUUAACGUUCUAAUAAGACCUAUCAUUGGUUAUGUCACGGAUCGAUGGCAGUGUCGAAGAUCCGUAUUCUUGGGAUGUAACCUGAUAAACGCAAUUAUAACUCCGGUUAUACACUUCAUACCGGGUAGAUCGGAAGCUGAGAAAUUAGCAGGCACUAGCUUAUUGGAAACCUUCAACUUUUGGCUGUUCUUAGUUGUAAUAAUGUUAAGGACAGUAUUGUACAUGAUUGGAGACGUUCUCCAAGACACAAUCGCUAUUGAAGUAUUGGGUAGCGAAAGCCACAAGUACGGGAUGCAACGCGUAUGGGGUGCAAUCGGAUGGGGCUUGACUUCUCUGCUUACCGGUUGGUGUGUAGAUUCAUACAGCGCAGGACAAGUACAAAAAAACUAUUUACCAGCGUACUUGAUAUCGACCGUUCUGCUGACGAUGCACGUUAUCGUCGGAUCCCAAUUAAAAAGCCAGCAACAGAACAGGCAGCAAAUAAAUAUUUUCAAAGAUGUCGGUAUGGUGAUAUCCAACGUUAAGGUUGUUACUUAUUUGAUAUGGGUCGCUGUGGCCGGUAUGUUCACAGCUUACAUCUGGUAUUAUUUGCUAUGGCACAUGGAAGAAAUUGCAACAUAUUACCAUCCCGAACGUUUGCCAUACAUCAAGACUAUUCAAGGGUUUUCAUAUGCAAUACAAUGUUGUAUUGGAGAGAUCCCAGUUUUCCUAAUGUUCUCGUCCAUAGUGAAACGCAUCGGUCACAUGAAAGCUUUUACAAUAAGUUUCGGAGUGUUUUCCUUCAGGUUUUUCCUGUAUUCCAUUAUUAGAGACCCGUUGUGGAUGUUGCCGGUGGAACUUCUCAAUGGAUUGACAUUCACUAUGGCGUUCCUAUCGGGGAUAUCGUAUGCAGCUAAAGUAUCUCCUCCAGGCACCGAAGGAACACUCCAGGGACUUUUUGGCAUGGCGUUUCAAGGAGUGGGGAUAGCUUCCGGGUGUUUUCUAGCUGGGUAUACUUUUGAAACCAUGGGUAGUCUUUCCGCAAUGAGAUUUAUUAGUUACAUAGCCCUUUUUUUUUGUAUUACCCAAUUCGUUGUUAACAUUCUAAUAAACAGCUGUAUACGAUUCAAAGUAAAAUCUAAACUUGACAUAGUAGCAGUACAAGAAUAAUUGAUUUAUGGAUAGUUUUUAACUCGUAUAUAAAAAUUUUAAAAUGACAUUUAUCACGUACCUCAAUAGUAAGACUAACUCAAAACUGGUAAUCGUAUUACAACGGUUUACAAACUAUAAUGGAUAUACGUUUCUAACACAUUCCACUCUAUGAUAUAUUAAUUUCAAGAUUCUGAAAAAUAUGAUUAACAUUAUCAGAAUGUUUUAUUAAUACUGUAAAAGUAUUUUUAAAUCUUAU